CACGAGAAACGUUAACUCAUUAAUAAUAUGAACUCAUAGGAACCUUAUAGCAUGGAGUUCUGCAUCCUCAUCAUGCAGUGGCCACCAAGGUUGAGACCAGCAGAUACUGUUAGAUCAUUCAAGAAAUCUUGGGAAAUGUAUAGAAAAUCAUACGAGUCUGCACUUAAUUUGAUGCUCAGAGAAAACUACGGUAAUAAAGGAAUGAAUGUAUUUGUGAGAAAAAUGAAAGACAAUAAAUUGCUUUCAAAUGGAUUCUUCUUCUCUGAUGGUUCAGUUGAUGUUGUUUUAGAAGAUCUGUAUUUAUUAGAACUACCAAAGGUAAUAGUAGCAGAAACAACGUUAUCAUUAGAUUCUAACAUAUUGCAUGUGGAAAUGAUGCUCAGUCAGAUGAUUGUGGAAGCUACGUACAUUUUGUUUAGAAAUGAAUCGGCAAUUGUGUACGCGGGUCGGAAGAAUUUAAAUGUAUCUCCAUUUGCUUUGCAACAAGUACAUAGAACGGGAGAGCUUGUCUUAACGGUUGAAGGCUGCGUUUUGUCAGGAUUGGUAAUAGCGACGUUGAUGGGCCAAUCAGUCAACUUGGGAUACGAGUCAUUGAAACUGAAUGAGUGCAGAUUCAACGUUGAGAUAUCUUCAACUGGAUUAGGAGCACCACCAGUUAUAUCCACAUAUUUCUCAAAAGAACAAGUUUACCAACUGGGGAAUCUUAUAAUGAAACCGUUACGUGAAGAGCUCAUGCCGAAAUUACAGGGUGCGAUGUUCACCUACAUCAACACCACAUCAGUAUUUCAAACUAACUUGCCCAAGUUCCGAUAUGCUCAAGAAAACGUACUUAAACAAACACAUGAAUAUAUAAGAGGAGUGGUGAAUAAACUUAGCAAGUUGACAGUUGAGGACGGAGUAGAUUCUUUACAGAUUAAUGACUUGAAGUAUAACUGGAAUGAAUUGAGAAAUAGAAAACAGUAUACAACACACUUAUUAUUGACAAAUGUGACAUUGGCGGGCUUGGAGACCCUUUAUUCUGCUCAGAUUGGAGGUCCCUAUAGAUUUGACUCGAUGCGAAUCGAUGAAAUGCUUCGCUACCAUUCACUACAGGUUCGAGGAAAACUUUACAUACAUAGCGAAGCAGACAAUGGACAGCAAGAUUUUGCUGCUGAACUGUUAGACGUUGGUGUUCGUGUUACAAUUAAUGUAGAUGUUAAGAAAGUUCGUCCGAAAGAAAAGAAGAUGGUUCAAACAUUAGUAACUUCUAAAGCGGUGCACAAAUUUGAAAUUGUGGGUUGGAGAGAUAUGGAAUUGAAUCACGUUAAUCGAAACUCAGUAGCUUCGCGUGCUCUUAUAACAGGAUAUCUUGUUAACGAGAUACCAAAGUGUGUGAUUAAACACUUUUCUAGAAUAUUUAAAAAAGCUAUUGGAGAAACAAGAAAUAAAAAAAGAAAACCCAAUACGAAACCUACAAGCGCUGGAAAAAUUCGCCAAUAUGAAAAUAGUGAUAGACUAAUUAAAAUAAAUGAAAUUAAAUCAGAUAAUGAAACAAGAGAUGAAGAUCAGAGUAGCAAAGAAGAAAGUGCUGUAGAUAUAUCAAAUAAAAAAUAUGAUUUUUUUUCGAGCGAACUUUUCUCUAACAGUCUUUUAAAAAAGCCUUAUUUCACAGAUAGUCUUAUACAACCAGAGAAGACAAAUGGUGAUGCAAGUAAGCAUGAAGACAAACUGACCUCUUCAGAUGCUAAUCAAAAAGACAAUAAUGCUGAAGAAGACAAGAAUUUUAAUGAAUUCUCGUCUAACAACAGGGACUAUCAAAAAUAUGAGAACGAUACAACAAUUUCAGUCGAACAAAAUGAUGAAGAGGAACCCAAUAAAAAAGUAAAGAGUUUUAAUGAUGACCAGGAAAAUAAUCGCCAUGGAAGUGACAUUGAAGACAAUAAUGACAAAGUCAAUAGUAAGAAACAUAGACAGAAAAAUAUAUUUUCUGGCAUAAUGUUUCGCGAAAGUUUCUUUGGAAACGAUCAGUACCUUCCAUCUGGGUUAGAUAAUGAUUCGAAUAUUGAAAUGUCCAAUCUGGGAAGAAAAAAUCAAAACAACAAGUAUACUGUUUCUAGAAGAAAUAAAAAAAUAAUCACUAAAAAAAGAAACCACAAAUUUAGAAAUAUCUACAUGUCUAGUAAUAAGAUACGUUAA